GUGAUGUAAAAUGGCGGGUGACGAGUGUUAUCACGAGCACUUAGCACGAACAAGAGCAAUAAUAUUACAAUGAAUCGGUCUAGUUCCACUGUUACAUGUGCGUACAAAUAAACGUACUACGUUGGAGUGUUCGGUAGUGUUAUAGUGACUUAUUGUUUGGUUAUUGUUUGUAAAAAUAAGAUGAAUAACGAGAUACUGCCUGUUGGUACGGCGACACUGUUGCGACAGGCGUGCGACAAAUACGUCGCGACGUUUGGUCGCGAGCCAGUCGCCGCCGCCAGCGCGCCGGGCCGCGUCAAUCUUAUUGGCGAACACAUUGAUUAUUGUGAAGGAUACGUGUUGCCUGCGGCCCUUCCAUUCGAGACGAUCAUAGUGGGAGGUUAUAAUAACACAGACUCAUGUAAUGUUCUCUCAGUUAUGGGAAAUAAAGAUUCACAGAUCUCAUUCCCUUCGACCGAGGUCGCUGAGCUCAAGCCAGGACUACCGAGCUGGUCAAAUUAUGUUAAAGGCACCAUUGCUAAUUUUCCUGAUCCAGUCAAAGGGUUCGACGCGGUGAUAGUGUCAGAUGUGCCUGUAGGAGCUGGUUUGUCGAGCAGUGCCGCCCUAGAGGUCGCUGUGUUCACUUUUUUAGAAGCUCUCACUGGUUAUAAAAUUGAUCCUAUCCAAAAGGCGAAGUUAUGUCAGAAGGCGGAGCACGAGUUCCCCGGUGUACCUUGUGGUAUCAUGGACCAGUACAUAGUUGCAAUGGGCAAGAAAAACCACGCCCUCCUCAUUGACUGUCAGUCACUGCAAGCAACCCAGAUACCACUGGAUUUGGGUGAUCACGUCAUCUUAGUCACUAACUCCAAUGUGAAACACGAGCUGACUGGCAGCGAAUACCCACAGCGCAGGGCACAGUGCCAGGAAGCCGCCGACAAGCUCGGUCUGCCUUCUCUGAGGGGCGCCAAGAUAGAGGAUCUGGAGGAAUUAAAACGUCUCAACUGUAAUAAGUUAGUUAUAAUGAGAGCGCAGCAUGUCAUCGAAGAAAUCUACCGUACCAGCGAAGUUGCUGAGAGUUUACGUCGGAACGACUUGGAUCGGGUUGGCAAAUUAUUCUUCCAAUCGCAUUAUUCUCUAAGCAAAUUGAUGGAGGUGUCUUGUCCAGAAUUGGAUGAGCUCGUUGAAAUAAUGAAGGACGUACCAGGAGUGCUGGGGGCACGGAUGACAGGAGGUGGCUUUGGAGGGUGUGUCGUAACCUUGGUAAAGAAAGAUCAAGUCGAUAAUUUGAAGAGAGCUGUAGUAGAAAAUUAUAAAGGGAAUCCUACAUUUUUAAUAUGUCAGCCAAACGAUGGAGCAAGAACGCAUAAAUUGUAAUACAGUUUAAAAUUUGCAUUUAGAUAAAGUUAGAGAAUGUUUGGUGUUUCUUCAACAGUUCUACAAAUUUUAUCUGAAUCAUGGCCGUAGCUAGGGGGGGGGGGGGGAGGGGCAAUGCCUUAUCUUAAAAUGAAAGGCCCCAAGAAAAUUAGACAGAUUCGCUUUUUCGAAGUCACUCAAUUAUGGCUUUUGCCCUAUCAAAAAGUUCUUUUGGUCUUAAAAUUUGGUUUAGCUACGGCUCUGAGCCGAAUGUUUUAAAAUGGAGGGAAUUAUAAUGUUGUUUGAGUAUAUGUCUGUGCGUAUAUUCUUACUAAUAUAUAUAUGUAUAUGUGUGAAAGGUCUGUUGCAAAAUAAUUAUUUUGCAAGUUUUGUUAAAAUUAUCACAGAUACAUAAUCUAAAUGUAAUUAAUAGCAAUGUAAAUAAUUGAGCUGAACAUAAGCCUGCUAAGUAUGGUUAGCAGGCGGAUUGGCAACCACAGUUACGCUUUGGAGAUGUUUUAAGAGGGACGCUGAUGUUCGUCCCUCGACCUUUCUUAGUUGCCUCUUACGAAACCCACGGAAAAGGAAGCGGCGGCCUAUUAUAUGCCGGGACCACAUGGCAAAUUAAAAUAAAAUCUACGAGAAUAAUAAAUCGAAACACUGAAUGUGUGUCAAUUGAUUUUUUAUUUCUACUUUUAUUGGAUAUCAUCAGACUGUCUCAUGGUCGGGUUAGUUAUUUGUUAAAAUGAAAUGAAAUGAAAUUUAUUUGUAACACAGUGACUGUGUUACAUAGAGGGACGGAAUUAAUUUAGAAAUAGCUUUUACGUCCUUUGUGAUGCAACAUUUUUGUGUAAUUCUUUUUACAUUUUUAUUACUUUCUAUUCAACACACGCUGUUUCAAUUCAGUACCGAUAUUGAUAAUUCCUUUUAUAAUUUUGUAAGGUAUAUAAAUUUUGUGAUGAUUAAAGAAGUUAUUUUCGCAUGUUUA